AUGCAGGAGCUCUCUCAAGGUGCGGACAGACACAAGAUCUGUCUGCUACAGGAGGAGUCGGCCAAUUCAAAGCAGUUGCAGCGCCUGGGCUCCGGAGUCUGCAUCAUCGAAGUCGAAGUCGAAGAUGUCGAAGGUAUCGAGUCCAAGGUGGGCACCGGCUUCCUGGGUAUUUUCCCAGAUCACCUCGCCGGCUUGCUCUUCCUCGUCACUUGCCGACACGUGCUCCCCGACGAGGCCUCCUGCGACAACGCGAUCUGCACUUUCGAGGCAUCAGGGCAACCAGGGCACAGUCUCACUCAAGCUUGGCGACGUGGGCCCCCACGCAGCCUCUCCGAAGACAUCAUGGGUGCUGGCGCUUCCACAGAGGCUGCAGAGGCUUUCAACAAGGCUUCAAUUGCCGACAUUACGGCAGCUUUGGCGGCCUUGUCCACCGAGGAGCUUGCCAAGAUAAAGGAGGCAUCCGCAGGCGCUGCUUCCGCUUCAGAGCAGAAGGAGGCUGGAGCAGAAGCUGCAAAGCCUGAAGAGCCCGCACAGGAUGCCACGAAGCCGGCCGAGUCUGCGACAGAGGAGGGUUCCAAGCCUGUGGAGCCAGCCGCUGCCGAGGCACCCCCCAAAGAAGCACUGGAGGAUGCCGAGUUGAAGCUGAAAUUCCAGGCUGCCUUCAGGGCAAUCGACACAAACAAGUCUGGAUUCAUCGAGGUCAAUGAACUGGAGGCUGUCCUGCAGACCCUCGGAGUCAACCUGACCUCAGAACAGGCUCACACAUCUGUGCCAUUCCAGGAGUCCAUGAUCCAGCCUAGCUAUCUUUCAAAGUCAACGGUUGAGCUGUAG